AGCUCGUUUGACUUAUGUAUUGAACCUUCGGACAUGAAGAGGCUGCCGUACUGACUGAAUUUUUCGCAGUACUGGAAUCAGCUGUAACCGGAUGUGAGUGUCUGUGUGACUUCCUGUUAGGCUGAAGGAUGCUGGAAAGUGUCCGAGUUUCCUGCAGCUGUGUGUCCGCCAUAGACUGAAGGCCCGUCAGACACACACGCAGUCUGUCCGCUUGUCUCCGCCGCUUUGAGACGCACUUCAUCCCGGAGGGUCUGAUCUGAACACCGGGGAAAGUGCUGGAGCUUCAUCAUGGAGCUGGUCUCGGUUUAUCGCCUGGGGUCUUCUAAAGGAAAGGACGAGUCUGGCAGAGGAGGAGAAGAAGAAGAAGAGGAGGAGUCUGACAGAGGAGGAGUGGAGGAAGAGGAGGACUGUGACAGUGGAGGGGACGAGCACUGUGAGCCACUGUGUGUGGAUCCAUCAGAGCAGGAGGAAAAAGACGAAGAUGUAUCAAAACCUGACUCCUGUCAGGAAGCUGACAAGUCUUUCGCAGCAACGGGAAGUGGAGAUAAAUCUCACAGAUGUGAUGUGUGUGGAAAGACUUUUGCUCGGAUCGGGCAUUUUAAAACACAUCAGCUGAUCCACACAGGAGUUAAGCAGUUCAUAUGUGAGCAGUGUGGAAAGUCUUUCACUCGGAUGGGUCAGUUAAAAGCACAUCAGGUGAUCCACACGGGAAUUAAACUGUUCAGCUGCGACCUGUGCGACAAGUCUUUUUAUCGAAUGGACAACUUAAAAGCUCAUCAACUCCUCCACAGUGGGCUGAAACCAUACAAGUGUGAUGAGUGUGGGAAGAAUUUUCCCACCACAAAACAUCUCAGGACCCACAAAUACAUCCACACGGAAGUUAGGCCUUUCAGCUGUGAUCAGUGUGGAAAGGCUUUUAAAUUCAUGGGGGAGCUAAAAAGACACAAUCUCAUCCACACGGGGGUUAAAGCAUUCAGCUGUGAUCAGUGUGGGAAGGCCUUUACCCGGAUGGGCGAGUUAAAAGCUCAUAAACUGAUCCACACUGGAGUCAAACUCUUCAGAUGUGACCUGUGUGGAAAGUCUUUUAUCCGGUUGGAUCACUUAAAAACUCAUCAGCUGAUCCACACUGGAGUUAAGCUGUUCAGCUGUGACUUGUGUGGGAAGUCUUUUACUCGAAUGGACAACUUAAAGACACAUCAGCUCACUCACAGCGGACUUAAACCCUACAGGUGUGAUCAGUGUGGGAAAGAUUUCACUUGUAAGGGGAACCUGGUUACCCAUCAGCGCACCCACUCUGGCAGUAAACCAUAUAACUGUGACUUCUGUGGAAAAGCUUUCAGCCUGCAAAAGACUCUAAGAACACACCAACGCAUGCACACCGGGGAGGACGUGUACUGCUGUGAGCAGUGUGGGAAACCCUUCGUGCAGUACUCCCACUUAAAAGCCCAUGAAAUUACCCAUACUGGAGAUAGACCACACCGCUGUGAUGAGUGUGGGAAAGCCUACAGACGCAUUAGCGAUCUGAGAGUCCACCAGAGAAACCACACCGGGGAGAGACCAUACAAGUGUGACCAGUGUGAAAAGACGUUUAAGUCUUCGGAUGUCCUGAAACGACACCAACAGAUCCACACCAGGGAGAGGCCGUUCAAGUGCAGUCAGUGUGAGAACGGUGAAGGUGGACCCAGCGCUGAGCCCUGUCAGCACUACACCAUCGUUAAGCCGUACCAGUGUGACCAGUGUGGAAAAUCCUUCAGCAGUCAAAGAACCCUACAAAGACACCAGCGUAUGCACACUGGACACAAACUGAACUACUGCAAAGAAUGUGGCAGAGGCUUUCCCACACCGAGUGCAUUAAAACGCCACGAAGUCCUCCACAGGACUAAAAAGCACGUCUGUGACCAGUGUGGGAUGUCAUUCACAUCUGCCAAAGGCCUGCGACAACAUAAACUAGCCCACGUUGAGGAAAGCAUUCAUAUCCAGACACUGGGAGAAAAGCUUCUCGUGUUCACGUCAUCGUACACAUCGUGAACGCAGCUGCGCUGAAGACACCCGUGAUCACAGCGUGGGAAGAGUUUCAUAAUCACUAAUGCACUGUGUCACCGCGUGCAGCAAUAUUCACUUCAUUAUCUUCUCUAUGCAAACAUCAGCGUGAUCAUGCAGAGCAGAAGAUCAUUUCCAAUUAUCUGUGAUAACACAGGACGACACACAGUGCAGCUGAAACAACAGGAAGACCCUACAGAUACAUACAUAUAUUCUCCCUGAUAUUUUGUAGCCUGUGUACGAUAUUUGAUAUUUAAUCAGCUUUGAUAUAAAAGUGGAAUUAUUAUAAUUUUUAUUUUCUGUCUUAUGUAUAUUCCAGUGGCAGAUACUACAUGUACACAUACUCCCUGUGACUCAGACUUUAAACACUUUAAACACACACAAAAGUUGAGUCUGUUCAUCUGGAUGUGGUGUUUUCACUGGGAGAAAGUUUUCGUCACUGAUCCAAGUUACUUAUUCAGUAUGAAAACACUACGUCCAGAUCAACAGAAUCAACUUCAUGGGA